AUGGUUUAUUCAGCGGCUGAUCCAAAUACUGCCAAGUAUGAUGUCAUUAAGUCUAGGUAUGAUACUUUAGUAAAUGAGAAAGCUAAGAUUGAGAAGAGGUUAGCUGAACUAAGUGAAAUACUUCAUCAGAAUGGAGAUGUUGAACUUGAUACUCCAUUGGUUGAUGACGAGGGUUUUCCGCGCUCUGAUAUUGACGUGGCGUUGAUACGAAUCACACGAAAUAAUAUUCGUUGUUUAAAUACUGAUCACAAACAAAUAAUGCUUGAAUUAGAAACUGCUUUACACGAGUUACAUGAAUAUGCUCGUCAAAAUCCAUCUGGAAAAUGUUCACAUCCUAGCAAACAGGAUUCAAAUGAAGACAGACAAAUUGAAGAGAAGUCUUCUGAAGUUAUUAAAACCCCAUUUCUACGUAUUGAUCAGAUAGCACCUAAUUCAAUAGCAGAACAAGCGGAUUUGAAAAUUGGAGACUUGGUGGUUCAAUUUGGUUCAGUAACUGCCAAAAACUUUUCUUCUCUACAGGAUAUAUCUACUGUCUUUAAAAAUACACCUCCUGGAAGUUGUAUUCAAAUGUCGAUAAUCCGAGGAAAUAACGUCAAUACUGUGCUUUCUGUUUCAUUGCUGAAACCAACUGGAAAUGCCAGCUUAGGGCUACAUGUUGUUCCUGUGUAG